CGUUGCUAAGUAACAGCUACACGCCCUCCGUGAGGAUGAGCUAGCUAACCGAGUUGGAGAAAAACUACAAACAUUUUGUGUUUCUUCACGUUCAUCCUGUCGCCAUGGCAGCUGUUAAAGACGGAGAAUACACGGCUACGGUCUACAGACUGAUUAAAGAUAGAAAAUAUGUUGAAGCCAUUCAGAUCCUGAGCAGCCAGCUGCAGAAACACACAAAGUCCAGGGCGGCCCUGUCUCUGCUGGGUUUCUGCUACUUUCACCUGCAGGACUUCAGCAGCUCUGCAGAGUGCUACGAGCAGCUGAGCCAGCUGCACCCUGAGGUGGAGGACUACAGACUGUACUACGCCCAGUCUCUGUACAGGGCCGGGGCCUACCCUGAAGCCACCAAGGCCUCGUUUGCUCUGGACAACCCCAACACGCACACUAAGAUGGUGAAGCUGCAGGCCUGCAUCAAGUACUGUGAGGAGGAUUAUUCUGCUGCCAAGUUGCUGUUGGAGCAGCUGCCUCCAGAUGAUCCAGACUACGUGUUCAACAUGGGCUGUUUGCUGUAUCAGGAGGGCAGACAUGAGGAGGCCUGCAGGAACUUCCUGUCUGCCAUGCAGGUGUUGGGAUACCUGCCAGCGUUGUCCUACAACAUCGCCCUGAGUUACUACAGCCUGAAGAACUACCCCCAGGCCCUGGUCUACAUCACAGACAUCAUUGAACGAGGAAUCACUGAACAUCCAGAGCUGAGCAUCGGGUUAAAGACUGAAGGCAUCGACGUGCACAGUGUGGGGAACACGCUGGUUCUUCAUGAGACAGCCCUCAUCGAAGCCUUCAACCUCAAAGCAGCCAUUGAAUACCAGCUGAAGAACCUGAAAGGAGCUCAGGAGGCCCUGACAGACAUGCCCCCCAGAGCAGAGGAGGAGCUGGACGCAGUGACUCUGCACAACCAGGCUCUAAUAAACAUCGACACAAAGCCUUCAGAAGGGUUUGAGAAGCUGGCCUUCCUCCUGCAGAUGCCCUCCUUCCCCCGGGUCACCUUUGGAAACCUGCUGCUGCUCUACAGCAAACACGAGUAUUUCGACCUGGCAGCUGAUGUGUUGGCAGAAAACGCUCAUCUCACCAUCAAGUUCCUGACCCCGUACGUCUACGAGUUUCUGGACGCGUUGCUGACGUGUCAGACGGCUCCAGAGGAGGCGUUCAGGAAGUUUGAUGAGAUGAGCAGCAGGCUAACGGAGCAGCUCCGCAGGUUGACCAAACAGCUGCAGGAGGCCCGGCUCGCUCGAGAUGAUGAGGUCCAGAAAAAGGUUCUGCAGGAGUACGACCUGAUCCAGGAGAAGUACAUCACAGUCCUCAUGGCCCAGGCCAAGAUCUACUGGAACCGGGAGAACUUCCCGAUGGUGGAGAAGAUCUUCCGUAAGUCUGUGGAGUUCUGCAACGAUGACGACACCUGGAAGCUGAACGUGGCCCACGUUCUCUUCAUGCAGAACAAAUACAAGGAGGCCAUCGGCUUCUACGAGCCCAUCGUCAAGAAGCACUACGAUAAUGUGGAGCAGUGUAACAUUCAGGAGUGUCCCUGCAAGUCCAAAGCUUCGAUCCUGAACGUGAGCGCUGUGGUCCUGGCCAACCUGUGUGUCUCCUACAUCCUGACCAGUCAGAAUGAAGAGGCUGAAGAACUGAUGAGGAAGAUCGAGAAAGAAGAAGAGCAGAACUCUUAUGAUGACCCCAACAAGAAGGUGUUCCACCUGUGCAUCGUUAACCUGGUCAUUGGGACGCUGUAUUGCGCCAAAGGAAACUAUAACUUUGGCAUUUCUCGCGUCAUUAAGAGCCUGGAGCCGUACAACAAGAAGCUGGGGACAGACACGUGGUUUUACGCCAAGCGUUGUUUCCUGUCUCUGCUGGAGAACAUGUCCAAACACAUGAUCAUGCUGCAGGAUGCUGUGGUCCAGGAGUGUCUUCAGUUCCUGGAGCUCUGUGAGGUUUAUGGGAAGGAGGUCCCGGCCUUCAUCGAGCAGCCUCUGGACCAGGUCCAGACCCACAUCGGUAAGAACACAGUUACCUACGAGGCCCGGCUGCUGAAGUCUUUGUUCUACGAGGUGAUCGGAUGGAACAAGUGAGACAGUUAGGACAAACACCAGUUCGUCUUUCUGAGAAAAGAGUGGACACAGAAUUUGUUUGUAUUUAUUUAGUUCUGUUGACAGAAGCUUAGCAUGAAAACACUUUAGUUCUUCAUACAGUUUUUAUGAUAAACUACUUUUAUAUUCUGAGAACUAAAUGUUAUUUAAWAAAAAAAAUGUCUUUACAAAAAACAAA